GACCGUGCCCAAGUGAUCUCUGCCUCCUUUGCUACAAGUGCUUGUUGUCACUCUCAGUUCCUUCAGUUCGGUUGGCCAAGGUGUGCGUCCAUCCAUCCAUCCGGAGCCAUGGCUGUCGGCGCCGCGCUCUUCUUCUUCUUCCUCGCUGUGGCUCUAACAGCGGCGCCCGGUGGCGGCGGCGGCGAUGCGGCGCUCGUGGAGCACACCUUCGUUGUGAGCGAGAUAAUGCUAAAUCACCUGUGCAACGACACGCCGGUUAUCGUGGUGAACGGGCAAUUGCCAGGCCCAGCGAUAGAGGCCACGGAAGGAGACUCCGUGGUCGUUCAUGUCAUCAACAAGUCACCUCAUGGAGUAACUAUCCAUUGGCAUGGAGUGAAGCAGCAACUGAAUUGCUGGGCCGACGGGGCAGGGAUGAUAACCCAAUGCCCGAUCCAGCCGAACAAGAACUUCACGUAUCGGUUCAACGUCAUCGGCCAGGAGGGCACGCUGUGGUGGCAUGCUCAUGUUGGCUUCCUCCGUGCGACAGUUCAUGGCGCAUUGAUCAUCCGACCAAGAUCCGGGCCUGGUUCAUACCCGUUUCCCAAACCCGACAAGGAGAUCCCCAUCGUUAUAGGUGAAUGGUGGGACAUGGAAAUUGUUCAGGUGGAAAGGAGAGCCGCGAGUAGAAUCUUCGACGAUUGGCCCCGUUCGCCCACGAUCAAUGGAAAGCUUGGAGACCUCAGUAACUGUUCUGGGUUCAUUGAAGACAACUAUGUUCUUAAUGUUGAGCAUGGAAAGACAUAUCUCUUACGCAUAGUAAACGCAGCACUCCAUGAACAAUACAACUUCAAGAUCGCUGGGCAUGAGUUCACGGUGGUCGCAAUUGAUGCCAACUAUGUGAAGCCAUACACGACAGAUACCAUCGUGAUCGCGUCAGGCGAGACGGUCGAUGCUUUGCUCGUUGCCGGCGCACCUCCUGGUCGGUACUACAUGAUCGCCCAAGCUAUGCAAUCACCGGAGCCUUUCCUCCAGAUCCCGGUGUUAAUGUCAAGAGGGGUUGUAUCCUACUAUCCAAGCAAAGGAUCUACUGACGAUACUCCGAUAAUGGCUCCUGAAAUGCCCGAUCAACACGAUGCAACCACAUCUUUCUACUUCCGAGGCAACUUGACCAGUCUGCUACCUCAAUCGGUUCCAGCGAACGUCGACGAGCAACUGUUCAUCGCCAUUGACGUGGGCGACAUCUGCUCACAUGAUGGAUCACAUGACAACUGCAUGGUGACUAGGUUGAACAACAUCUCUUUCCAUCUCCCCACGACGACAUCAUUGCUCCAAGCACACUACAACAACAACAUGAGCACAAGCGCAAUCAGCAUGCUAAAGGAGUUCCCAAGAUGUCCACCGAGCUCAGAGUUUGGCUAUAGCCCGACGUCGGUGGGGACGGCGGUGAGGACGGUGCGGUACAACACCACGGUGGAAAUCGUGUUCCAAAACCCAUACUCGUCGGGUAUGUUCAGCGCAAGUAACCCGAUGCACCUUCAUGGACACGACUUGUUCAUUCUCGGGCAGGGGUUAGGGAAGUUCGACCCGGUGAAGGAUGUGCAGGCAUACAACUUGGUGGAUCCACCCGUGAGGAACACCGCCCUUGCCCCGAUUUACGGGUGGACAGCCAUCCGAUUCGUCGCAAGUAAUCCUGGGGUGUGGUUCUUGCACUGCCAUAUGGAAAAGCACGUAUCGUCGGGCAUGGCAUUGGCACUCGUGGUGGAGGACGGACCGACACCCGAGACGACUCUUCCCCCACCUCCGGCAGAUUAUCGAAGCUGUGAUGGCGGCCAAAACAAUAGAGCACUGGCAGAUGAAUAAUGAGAGACAGUUAGCUGGAAAUAUGUUUGAGUUCUGUCAAAUAUGUUUGCUUAUUGCACUUGCAAUUUGGACUGUUGGUUGAUUGGUAGUUGGGUGCAUUUUAUUGUGUCGUUAUUUUACCUUUUGUAAUCCUCUGUGGGACCUUUGUCAACCCACCUGUUGUUAAUGGAAGCAAGUAUAUUAGUGUUAUCAGAA